UUGUACUAAAAGGACACAUUUGUAAAUGCUAACUUGAGUAUUUGUACAAAGCGCUGACGUGAAGCAGUAGCAAGCGCCUACGGGGGCCGUGCGUGCCCAAGAAAGCGUCUGCUUCCCGGCCGUCCUGCUGGUGCGAGCAAUGGAGGGGGUCACAGUGGGCCAGGUAUUUGAUGCCGAAUGCAUCCUAAGCAAGCGGCCGAGAAAGGGCAAGUUCGAGUAUCUUGUCAAGUGGAGAGGGUGGUCGUCCAAGCACAACAGUUGGGAGCCAGAGGAGAAUAUUUUGGACCCGAGGUUACUGGCAGCUUUUCACAAAAGGGAACAAGAGCGAGACCUUUUGUUCCAGAAGAAAGGAAAGAGGCCAAGAGGACGACCACGCAAGUUUCCGCUUCCCGUUCCUCCCGCCGCCAAAGACAACCGCUCGUCCUCGUCGUCCUUCUCCGGCGCGUCUUCGUCUGAGGAAGAUGAGGAGGAAGCGGAGCGCCGGAAGGCCAAAGGGGGGGCGGCGGCGGCGAUGCCGGCGAGCCCCCGGCCGCCCCCGGCCGCCCUCCAGAAGAGGCCUCCCAUCCUGGCCGCCAAAGCCGAGCCCCAUCGCAGCAAGCGCGGGCGGAGGGCGCUUCACGCCGACCUGGGCGCUUGGAGGCGCGCCAAAAGCAGGACGCCGCCCUUGCCCUUGUCCCCGAGCCGCCGCCGCCGCCACCAGCUGCUGCCGGGCUUCCUGCGCAAGUAUGGAAAGGCCGAGCCGCGGUCGGGGAUAAAGAAGCCGCUGCAGCCGGCCAGCUUCACCUACACCGGACUCGGCCGGACCGCCAGAGACCACCACGCUGCUGCCCAGAGCUCGCUUUUCUCCCAGGCGGCAUCCAAAGGGGGCUGCGUCUGGAGCCGACCCGCGCCCGCCUCCUCGCCGCCGCCGCCGCCGCAUAGGAAGACGUCGCACGGCGAGCUCAAGUCCGGCGCGUCGGGCCGGGGCUACGCCCCCAAAGGGACGCCGCCUUCUCCGAGAGCCGUCUUCGGGGGCGGCGGCCCGGUGUCCGCGCAGCGCCUGGCGCCGCCUCCGAGGAGACAGGACGCCCACCGACACAAGCGAGCGCUCCUCAAGGCGCCGCCCUCGCAGCGGCUCGGCCUGCGGGCGCCCGACCCUCAGAGCGUCGCCAGGGCGCCGCUCGCCGGCCAUCAGGGCAACAGCGGCGUGGCGGUGCGCACCAGCUCGCGGAGCGGCAGCCUGGUGGUCAUCAGAGACGCUUGCGUGACACCCAAAGGGCGGCGUCCGGGCUCGCCCGCAGGGGGCGCCUCUGAGAGGGACGGCAGCGGGCGGCGGCGGCGGGACCAGCGCGCGUCCGCCGGCCGCAACCUAGACGAACUCAGCGCCGGCGACUCGGACGCCAGCAGCGGCGGCGAGUGGGAGCGGGACGGCGCCUCGUCGUAUCCCGACGACGGGCGGCCCAGCCUGGGCGACGCCGCCACCGAGUCGGACGCCGAGACGGACUGGCGGCCCGCGCGGGACCUUCUGGAACACGUGUUUGUCACCGACGUCACAGCCAAUUUGAUUACCGUCACCGUCAAGGAGUCGCCCACCAGCGUGGGCUUCUUCAACCCGCGCAACCGCUAGCCGCCGCUUCGGCUCCGACGCUGGAGUUCUCAGCCGGCCGGCCGCCAUGCCAAAUCUUCCAGCGCCGGGCGUCACUUUGAAAGUGGCCAAUGCCUCAGGUUCCCGUUUGCGACGUUACAAAAAGCAAACUUGUGUUCUGGACACUUUGUUUGUGUGUGUGUGUGUGUGUGGGGGGGGGGACCAAAGGUGCUCUGAAUGUUAUUUAAUUGUGUCCUGCCUGACCUGAGCAGUGUUCCUCACGAGGUCUUUGAUUGCUCCUCUAAUUUGACACACAAAUGAUCCAUCCCUUUUCUUUCUUACCACAUCAUUCAUUUGGAAGCGUGCUCAAAUAUGGCACUUGUGGGAAACAACCACAGACACGUAAAGAAUGAGCAAAUCAUAGUACUUGACUUUCAAAACGAAUUCUAUUGGACAUGAGCACAAUGAGAAGAAAAAUCAGGAAAAAAUAAAUAAAAAUAAUCCAAGACAUUGACAGACAGACUCAAGGCCUGGCCGAGCCAGCCACAUCAUUUUGUGUGACCCGCCAAGACAAAUUUUGUAUCGACUUUGUGUCAUUAGUAAAAUUACAAAUUGUCUUCA